UAAUAGAUCAUAAACUUGGUGUGAUGUCAUUUAAUUGUCAAAGUCACCAAUCAAAUGUCAUUCUUGUCUCCCAUUUGUACUCAUAUAUCUGCCUCUUUCGUAUCUGAAAUCUGAAAAUAUUUAAUGUUUCUGCUUUACUUGAUAGUUCAUUCGUUAUAAUAUCGUAAACAUUGUCAUGUCUACUUCAAUUAUAGUUUCAAUGCGCAGUACCUACAGUUGUAUAAAAUACUUACGAUGUUCAUUCUUUUCGACCCAAAUAGAACAACCUGCAAGUAAAGUUACCGGUAAAGUAGUAAAUGUCGCGAUAAUUGGAGCGCCUAAUUCAGGAAAAAGUACAUUAAUUAAUAAGAUCAUGGAACGCAAGAUUUGUGCUGCUUCUAAUAAAGUACAUACCACAACAAAGUUAGCCAGAGCUAUUUGUUAUGAAAGAGAUACACAAAUUAUAUUCUUGGAUACUCCGGGUGUUGUAAGUGACAAGGAACAAAAGAAGUAUAAAUUACCAUUGUCAAUGUUGGGUGCAUGUGAGAAAAGUUUACGAUGUGCAAAUGUUGUAGGUGUAGUGCAUGAUGUGUCAAACAAAUGGAUGAGGGACAGCAUUCAUCAAGAUGUAAUCAACAUGUUAAACUCAGUUGAAAAAAUUCCAAGCUUUUUGAUACUAAAUAAAGUAGAUCAACUGAAGUCUAAGAAACAACUUUUGGCAACAAUUAGAAAUGUAACAAAUGGAGUAAUAGCAGGAAGGCCUAUGCCAAAAUCUGACAGAUCUCAGGCCUUUAAAAAUAAAUUGCAAAGAGGCUACAGUCACUUCUCUGAUGUGUUUCUAGUGUCUGCAUUAACAGGGGAUGGUGUAGGAGCCAUUAAGGAAUAUCUUAUAUCCAAUGCAAAAGUUGCGAACCUGCCGUAUUCUCCGGACUACUGGACAGACCAAACUCCGGAAGCUCUAAUUGAAGAAACAGUACGAGCAAAAUUUUUGGAUUUCCUUCCUCAAGAAAUUCCUUAUAAUUUGAAAACAUGUAUAGAAUAUUAUGAUGAAUUGGAGGCAGAUGAAAAAGUAGUAUGUUCAGUUGUUGUGGAGUGUCCUUCGGAGAGAAUAGCAAGAUUAAUAAAUGGUGCGGGAGGAGGGAGACUGCAACAGAUCAAAUCUUAUACUAGAAAUGAUUUAAUGGACCUGUUUAAGAAAACUGUAGAUUUAGAUUUACAAUUAAAAGUUAAAAAUAAAACUAUUGAUGAUAUACAGAAUGAAAAAAAAUUGUACAGACAGAAAUAAUU